CUACCUCAAAAGAAAGAAAGUAGGAUCCGUCCGAGAACACACACUACCGUACUAAAUAGUAUGCUGAAACAAAACAUCUCUGUCGGUGACCUACUGCCUCUGACAUACUACUUAGGAGCGUAGUAGCGUUUCUGCUUGUGGUCAGAAGUCAGUGUCCGCUUUUUCUUUCUGAACUUAGUUAGUGUCCUUUACAUUUGACAACAGACAAGGAAGUUUGUUCCCCUUCUGAUCGAAAUGACACCGUCAUUUUCAUUUCCCUGAACUAUUAAAAGAUGAUUCUGGAAAGAGAUCGAGUGAUCAGGGCAGAACGUUCUUGAAAUCACCUAAUGAGAAGAAAUAAAAGGUCUCCUUCAGUACCCUGAUUAUUUGGACCACUGAUCUUAUUUCUGAUGCUGAUUGCUGGCACGUGAUGGUACAAUGGAGCUUGGCAUAUUUGGCUGACACGUGCAUGGCAUGUCAAAGUCAGAAGGACAGGUGGAGGAGGAGGUCUGUAGCAAGGUUACACGUUUUCUGGUGGGUUUUGAGGACCAUACGAGUGGAGAACUGGAGGGUGAAAACAUGAAGAACGUUUCAGAAACUUAUGAUGAAGAGGAGGAGGAGGAUGAUCUGGCUUCAGAGCGUCAGAUUGUGGUGGGGAUCUGCUCCAUGAUGAAGAAGUCCAACUCCAAGCCUAUGACCCAGAUCAUGGAGCGCCUUUGUAAGUUUGAGUAUAUCACUGUGGUCAUCUUCCCUGAGGACGUCAUACUCAAUGAACCAGUGGAGAAAUGGCCUCUGUGUGACUGCCUCGUCUCCUUUCACUCCAAAGGAUUUCCACUGGACAAAGCAGUGAGUUAUGCCAAAUUAAGGAACCCUCUUCUCAUCAAUGAUCUCAAUAUGCAAUAUUUCAUUCAGGACAGGAGAGAGGUUUACCGCAUUCUGAAGGAAGAGGGGAUUGACCUGCCACAUUACGCUGUGUUAAACCGGGACCCUGACAGACCAGAAGAAUGUAACCUGGUAGAAGGAGAAGACCAUGUUGAGUUGAAUGGGGAAGUGUUUCAUAAGCCUUUUGUGGAGAAGCCCGUCUCUGCAGAAGACCACAAUGUGUACAUCUAUUAUCCCACUUCAGCUGGUGGAGGCAGCCAGCGGCUCUUUAGAAAGAUUGGGAGCCGCAGCAGUGUUUAUUCCCCUGAGAGCACCGUUCGUAAGACUGGAUCUUACAUUUAUGAGGAAUUCAUGCCUACAGACGGGACAGAUGUAAAGGUGUACACAGUAGGACCUGAUUAUGCCCAUGCAGAAGCUCGUAAGUCUCCUGCUCUGGAUGGGAAGGUGGAGAGAGACAGCGAGGGGAAGGAGAUCCGAUACCCAGUGAUGCUCACUGCUAUGGAGAAACUUGUGGCUCGCAAAGUGUGUGUGGCAUUCAAGCAAACCGUAUGUGGUUUUGACCUCCUCCGAGCAAACGGCCACUCCUUUGUUUGCGAUGUAAAUGGAUUUAGCUUUGUAAAGAACUCCAUGAAAUACUAUGAUGACUGUGCCAAAGUCCUGGGGAACAUGGUGAUGCGAGAACUGGCUCCUCAGUUCCACAUCCCCUGGUCCAUCCCCAUGGAAGCAGAGGACAUCCCUAUAGUCCCUACUACCUCAGGAACCAUGAUGGAGCUCCGUUGUGUGAUCGCCGUGAUCCGCCAUGGAGAUCGUACACCCAAACAGAAGAUGAAGAUGGAAGUGAGAAAUGCAUUGUUCUUCGACCUGUUUGAAAAAUAUGGCGGUUACAAGACAGGCAAGCUCAAACUAAAGAAACCAAAACAGCUCCAGGAGGUCCUGGACAUUGCCCGUCAGCUGCUAGCUGAAUUGGGUCAGCACAAUGACUGUGAGAUUGAGGAGAAGAAAUCCAAACUGGAACAGCUGAAAACUGUGCUGGAGAUGUACGGCCAUUUCUCUGGGAUAAAUCGCAAAGUGCAGCUGACCUACCUGCCCAAUGGCCAGCUUAAAGCAUCAAGUGAAGAAGAAGACACUCAGAAAGAAGGUCCAUCUUUGUUGUUGGUGCUAAAGUGGGGCGGCGAGCUGACGCCAGCCGGUCGUGUGCAGGCUGAAGAGCUGGGAAGAGCCUUUCGCUGCAUGUACCCUGGAGGACAAGAAAACCGCAGAUCCCUGGGCUGUGAGUCCCCUACUGACUGUGGAGACUAUGCUGGAUUCCCUGGAUGUGGCCUACUGCGUUUACACAGCACCUACCGCCAUGACCUCAAGAUCUACGCUUCAGACGAAGGCCGGGUACAGAUGACCGCUGCUGCUUUUGCAAAGGGGCUGUUGGCUCUGGAGGGUGAGUUAACCCCUAUCCUGGUGCAAAUGGUUAAGAGUGCCAAUAUGAAUGGCCUGCUGGACAGUGACAGUGACUCACUAACAGACUGCCAACAGCGCGUCAAAGCUCGGCUCCAUGAGAUCAUGCAGAAAGACAAAAACUUCACUGAGGAAGACUACCAAAAACUUGCCCCAACUGAAAGCCCUUCUCUGGUCAACUCCAUGAAUAUCAUAGAAAACCCUGUCAAAACUUGUGACAAGGUUUUUGCUCUCAUUCAGAGCCUUACACGUCAGAUACGCAAGCGGCUAGAGGACCCCAAGUCUGCAGAUCUGCAGCUGUACCACAGUGAGACUUUGGAGCUCAUGCUCCAACGGUGGUCCAAGCUGGAAAGGGACUUCCGCAUGAAGAAUGGUCGCUAUGACAUCAGCAAAAUCCCCGACAUCUAUGACUGUGUAAAGUAUGACAUGCAGCACAACAGCUCUCUGGGUCUGGAGAACAUGCUGGAGCUCUUUCGGCUGUCUCGUGCGCUCGCCGACAUCAUCAUUCCUCAGGAGUACGGAAUAAAUAAAAUGGAGAAGCUGGAUAUUGCUAGUGCCUACUGCCUACCUCUGGUUAAAAAAAUCCAGCUGGACCUCCAGAGGACACAUGAGGACGAGGCUGUCAACAAGCUCCAUCCACUGUGGUUCAGGUAUUCGCGAGGCGUGAUGUCUCCGGGUCGGCAUGUGCGGACCCGGCUUUAUUUCACCAGUGAGAGUCAUGUGCAUUCCCUGCUAAGCAUAUUCCGAUACGGAGGCCUUCUUAAUGAGGAGAAAGACGAGCAGUGGAAGCAGGCCAUGGACUACCUCAGUGCUGUAACUGAACUCAACUACAUGACUCAGAUAGUCAUUAUGCUGUAUGAAGACAAUAAUAAGGAUCCGUCUUCAGAGGAACGUUUCCAUGUAGAGCUACACUUCAGUCCCGGGGUGAAGAGCUGCCGUGAUGAAGAGAAUGCACCAAUGGGCUUUGGGUUCCGCCCUGCCUCUUCUGAGAACCAGGACAAGCAAGAAAAUCUGGGCAGUCUGGAGGAUUUGUCUCAGGAUGAACCCGAUCGAGCCGUUCUUACUGAGCACCCGAGCGUUCUCAGAAAGUCCCCACUGAUUCGUAACCGAAAAACUGGGUCCAUGGAGGUCCUCUCAGAGAGCACAGCCUCUUCUCGUGGUGCAGCUUAUCGCCUCUUUCCAUCAUGUUCCCGCCAACCCUGUGAGGUCAAAUCCGGUGGCCUUGGCUCACUGUUCUCUGGUCUCUUCAGUUCCUCCUUCCGGGGGGUGUCCUCCAGUGCCCCCAACCUUCAAGAGCUGGCCAGAACCCAGCGCAAAAAAGCCAUGUCCUCUCAGAGUCGAGUCAGUAGAGAGGAGUUGCUCUCAAUGCCGGCUGUAAAGAGGUUUUCUGUGUCAUAUGCCAGGCAUCCAACUAAUGGAUUCGAAGGCUGCUCCAUGGUGCCAUCUAUAUACCCCUUAGAGACCCUUCACAACUCUCUGUCGCUGAAACAGGUGGAUGAAUUCCUCAACAAAGUGUGUGAAAGCCGGAGAGAGACACUCACCAAGACUCUGAAAAGUAGCUCUGAGAGCAGUGUUUGAUUCUCAGAUUCAACCUUCCACAGAGCCUGAGAGCCAGGAGACAGCUAGGACUUCAUUAGCUUCUCUAUUGCCAUAACAGCUAGCCCUGUCUUUGAAUUGUGUGUAUCUUUUUCCAAUAUUGCAGCCUUCCAGGACUCCAAAAGCAAUCCAUCAUCCCCAUCACGUGACCAUCUGCAAUAGACUCCUGUAGUCGAAAGCUUUCCAAAAUAUGCAGCAUUCUUGAGCGUUUGCCACCAAAGAGACAAAGACACCAGUCCAUGCAGGAUUUACACAGUCACAUCCACUUGAGCACAGUGAUGGCUCUACUUAUCUUUAGCUCACACCGAGAUUUAAGUGUCAUAAUGUCUUGUGUGAGGUGUGUUUUAUUCUGGCAAUGUAAUAUAUGUAGAUUGGCUGAAGCAUCAGCUCUAAGCAUUUCCCUUUACCACAAUACUAGGUUGCCUAUUAAAUCUGUCAUAGCUUUGAGGUUUUUUUUUUUUUUAAUAAUUCUCUUAUGUGCAUUUUGUUUCUGAGUUAAACUUGGUACAUUCUUUAGGAUACAAAUUUUUUUAACCGAUACGGUAAAUAAGAAUAGAUUAAAAUAUUAUGUGGUUGAUUUGCCUUCAUGAGCAAACUUAUAGAAGUUAUAAGCUGGCACUGUGCCAUCUCAUUCUAAAAGCACUGAGCAUCUAAAAUUAUAUUUACAUUCAGCUGGUCACAGUCUUGUGUAAUCUGAUCGACUAUACACUCUUACACACCACAGUUUUUAACAGGAAAACUAAUUUGUUUAAAAAACUAUUUGCUAUAACUAAAGCAUGAUUAGUCUUUUAUAAUGUCAGUCAAAUUAAUAAAUGUCCCUGUAGUUAAUGGUAGGUGGGUAUUAUUUACACAUAUGGAAUAUGACCAGACAGUUUACCAAAGCAAUAUUUUUGAUUUGUGUGUGAUUUUUGCUAAGCCAGUUCUAUACUAGGACAUACUGUAUCACAUGUGCCUUAGCAACUGAUUGUGCCUCUGUCUGUCUGUCCGUGUCUGUCUGUCUGAGGAUGCCAGCACUCUAUCCAUCAAUGAUUCCAGUUUAUAACCUUCAGCUCAGUCAUUGACAGGACCUCAGCACCUCACAGCUAGUAAACCUCCAGUCACACACUGUGCAGCAGCAAUGAUCCUCAUCUCUCUUAUUUAUUCUGACCUGAAAUCAGCUUUAUACUUUGCUUUAUAGUACAACAAGUGGCUGCUGCUAAUCCAAGAGCACCCAUUUGAGGUGUAGCUUCUGCCAUAUACUGCUACUGAGUCUCCAUAUACUCCUCAUCUCUCUUUUGUAUGUAUUGUAUUUUGCCCGGUUGUGCAGAAGCUCAGUUAUGCCGAGCCUCUUCAGCACCAGUAAAAUCACCAGAAGGCUGAAUCCAACAAUUAGUUGCACUGUUAUACCUCUGUAAUCUGCAGGAGUGAGAUUUAAUUAUAGCUUAUUCUGAGCUGCGUGAAGAUAAGAAUACACACUAGUAAUUGUCUUUUCUCUCAGCUGAUUGCACUUGUCACAUCUUCUUAAAGCCAAGUGAUUUCAUUGGAUGAUGUAAUGUCACUCCAUGUCAGGCAACACCUAAGAGAUGCAGGUAGACCAAUCAGAACACAGUGGUGUUUUCCAUGGUAACGUUUCCUCUUCCAGCGCACACAUAGAGCUGAGUCACUGUGCCAGUGUACACAUCAAAUAAAUAAAAGUAAUUAGCCUGCGGCCAGAUGAUCGAGCAUAACGUUUUAAAUUACUGAUAUAGUGUUGAAAUUUUUAAUAUUUGAAAUGGUCUUUUUUUUGUUGUUGUUGUUGUUUUGGCAUGUAUUGCACAAGGUAACUUGUUAUAAUAAAAGGAAUACUUGAAUGAAAUAGAAUUAUUUGUAUGAUUAUAUGAUCAUGAUAAUAUUUUAGGAUGUACUUUGUUCACAUCAGUGACGUAUUACUAUUAUAAGUAUUACAAGUGCAGUUUUUUUUCUUUGUUGCUUUGUUUUGUUCUGUUUUUUUACUAAACAUCUCAGCCAGUACUGAUUUGAGAUUUUUACCUCUGCAUACUCUGGUAGUGUCCUGCUUAAGAAUGUUUAUGAUCUGCUGUCUCGGAGUUAUCAUAUUCAAGUUCUUUGAACAAUUUAAUUUUAAAGUUUUCAAUGUUAUAUGAACGUGUGUAUAAAAUCUUGGUGGCUUUAUUUUACAUACGAAUAAAAGAUCAUUGAGUUGA